UCACGCCUGUGCAGGAGUGAGGGUGAGGAAGCUUCUGAGCGCCGCUCCCGGUUCGAGACCUCGGCGUCUGGCUCGAGACGGCCUUUCGGAUUCUAUUGACUUUUCUUGCAUAGUUUUGUUUGGGUUGUUGCAGUUUGGAUUGCGGUUGGAUCUCAGCAAGACCGCUGAGCGAAGAGACUGACCGCCUCCCUCUCUCCCCGACCCGCAGCCGCCGCCAUGGACAUGCUCGCAUCAGCCAACAGCGCCAUCCUGAACACCAGGACGUCCGUGGACAGGUUCACCAACAGCCUGGACAACCUGGCCGAGUCGGUGGGCACGGCGGCCUUCGUCGCCAUCAUGGCCGGCGCCUUCGCCCUCAGCGCCGGCCUCGGCAACGCGUCCCUCUUCGCCCUCGCCAGGAUCGACGAGUCCUUCUUCCAGCCGCUCAUUGCCAGGAUCAGCAGCAGCGAGACGUGGGCGGACUUCUUCGGCUCCGCCCUGGAGGAAAGGAGCCUCAACAGAGCGGCUGACAUCCUUGACUUGGUGGCGGGCGCCUACGCCAAGUACAGCAGGCGACGCCGCUCCAACUAAGGUGGCUGAUGACUGUCCUCGCUCAGCUUUCUUGGAUCAUGUUUGGUCUUGUUAAGUUUCAAAGAGAAUUCUGGUGCGUCACGUACGAAAUCACACGUUCAUAAAUACAUCCAUACAUAAAGGCUGAUAUGUUCACAUUUACAUAUAUUGAGGCAUACAUUUUUACAUACAGGUAUAUAUAUUUACA